AUAAAAACGACAGACACACGCACAGUGGUUUCUACCUCCAUGGUUCGAAGGACUACAAAGUCAACCAAAUACACUGACUAGGCCUUGAACAUUGGCCCUUUAAAUACCGUCUGGAUGGUCUGAUCCUGUAAUUCGAAGAAAAGGCCAUUGAAUGAACUACUAUGUUUGACGACGUUGUCAGCAGACGUACACAGUUAUAUGAUGAUGAUUUCCACAACCGGUGACGACUAUUGUAAUGUUAUUAGGCUUCACAACGCACAAUUUUAGAACAAAUUUGGCAGCAGCGAUAUCACACGAAUGGAUCUAAACUCUGACCUACCUCAGCUUGGGAGUGGCCGCCCUGAACGUUACGAAGUCCUCGACCAAACACCAGCCUCCCCGCCGCACUACACCUUGCUGAAGGCAUUCGACGCAAGUCACAUUUUUAACAAACAUCCCCGGAAGUAUGACAGACUUAUCGCCCAGGAGGAAGGAUACUCGCAAGAUGAUUCGGCUUUACCUGACAACGAGGCAGAGAUGUCGCGGUAUCGGUCAUCGUUCGGAGGAGGAGGGGUAAAGCCCAAGCGUUCCAACUCCUUGUCAUCCCUAGAUACUAUUGCCGUAGAAAGUGCCAUGGAAAGACUUGGUAGCCCCAGACGAACAACUGCCACUGACUUUGAAUUUGAUGACACUACUACUAAUAACAAAAUGGUAGCAUCUAGUAGCAAUAGAGCUGACAACAUGUAUAGACGGUGUUCAUUAGAUCACAUGGCAGAUUACUACUCAAGGCGAACCUCUGACGCAGCAGUGUCGGCCAUCUGGGAUCCUACCAGCCAAGAUUCUCAACCAUCAAGCAGUAAAGCAACAGUGAAGUCUGCUGUUAAGUCGUACAAACAUGAUCAAAAGCAAGCUGAAGUAUUUGGCGAGAGGCAUCUUGCGGACAUCAUGAUGAAGGCAGCUUUCCAGGAUCCAAAAAAAUCCCCUCUAAAAGAGGAGACUGAGACCAAAGACAAAAGGGCCAAGUCCAAACAACCCGAGAGCCAGAAGAAGCACAAUCAAGAGAAAAGAUCGUCACUGCCUGAAAUAAAUAAAGAUGAAAUUCCACAACCAGUCGGGAAAACUUCCUCUGGUGAGACGAAUUUGACAGCGUCAAAAGUGACCACAGUGCAGCCUAAACCACGACGUCUGUUCGGUAUCGGUCCGCUGUACAACCCCCUUCCUGAGACAGUCAUCGAAGGUGUUCCGACAACCUCCCUGCUUGAUAGGGUCAAGAUGGAAGGACUAGGCGGUGGGAAGGAGGAAAAAGCCAGGGCAGCCCCUUCUCUCAAGAAGAAUGCACCCACAAAGCCAGAAGUCAACACUUGGGCGCCUUUCUCAAUGUAAACUAAAACAGACCCUAAACAUGUCAAAUAGCUGGCUUCGUAUAUGCUUCGUUUUUAAAAGGGCAGAAGGGCAUCAAGGCAUUUUCUACUUGGUAAAGGGCAGGGUGACCCUAUGAGGAAAUUGUAAAUUUCUACUGGAGCAUUCCGAGGGCACAAACUCAUGGCUCUAGCAGUGUCUUGGGGCAUUGUCACAUGAGGCAACCAACUGCAGCAGUGAGUGCAUGCUACAGGACCACUUUGGCAGCAAAUGAACUGUUUUUCAAAUAUUAUCUUACGAUCCAUUAUAAGAACAAUAUGUGAACAUUGAAAUGUGGGUCUUUUCUUCUUGGUGAUUGCCUGGAACUGGUUGCCUGUAAAUUGCCUUUUGUGACAUGGGCCUAAAGCUAAAGCAACCAUUUUGAAGCUAUUAACUGUUCAGAGAACGAUUUCAUCCAGGAAUUUUGCAUAGCAAAAUAUUGAGACUGGACUUGUUUUGUGCACUGUGAAUGCUCAUAUUGAGCAGCAAAUUUUUUGAGUAGCUUUUUUGAGUAGCAACUGCUUUCAUAAAAUGAACUUGUUUUGCCUUCAUAAAUUAUGUGAACACUUGCGACCUUUAUCUGUUUUAUGCAAUAAUUAUGUCUCUGCUGUUAAGAUCAGUUUUGCAUGGUGCAUGAUGAUUUAACACAUUUAUAUGAAAGAAAAUGUCAAAACAUUUCGACCUUAAAAGUAGGGUCAUAGAUCGGUUAAGUUCUCCAAAAAUUAAUGACCAUAAAAACUUACUUGGUGAGAAGCACAACUGCUGUUGAAGGUAUAAACUAUUUUGGGAAAGGAUUUCCUUUGAAGUUUGCCUAUAGAUAAUCACAACAUUGACAAAAACCAAUCUAUGACCCUACCUUUAAAAAUAAUGUUGUGCACCAAGCAGCCAAAAUGAUUAACUUUUUAAGUUGUUAGUUUCUUGAAGCUUUUGUUCAGUUGCAUGUAUAGUAUGCUAAAGAUUUGAAACAGCGAACUGUAAUUAUAAUUGGCUACAAAAGAAUUUACCUUGACUUUCACAGGCUCAGUAUUUGUAAACCUUUUCUUGAUGGUAGGGCACUUUAUGCUAACAAUCUGACACUCACACUCGCUUUGCGCUACUUCCUGCUUCAAGGGUAGCAUUUGUUUUGUUUGUGUAUUUUAACCUCAUGCCCUCAUUUUAAUAUUCAAAAGCGUUCUUAAAGGGUUGGGGUACUUUUUUUAAACACAAAACCAGUGUACACAGAUUUAUAUGAAACUAACACAGUUUGAAGUUAAUGGUAGAAGGCUUCCCUUAAAAUAUUACUUGCUGAGGUGCUGUAGUUUUU